AUGCCUUAUUUUUUUGCUCUCCAGCUAAUUACAUGUGAAACUUUCGAUCAGGAAAAUGUAUAUGCAUAUCUUUUAGCAUGGAUAACCUUUUGCUUGCAAGAAAAGAAAAAGGAAAAGAAGGAUAAAGGAUUAAAUAAAAAUUUCCACGUUUUCAGCGGUCUUCAGACGGAAGUAAUAACCGUUCAGAUGCCGUUACCCGUUUGCAAAUAUGAAGUGUUAACCGAUGGCCCUGAUGGUGAGCCAGUCAAAUAUGCAUCUGUGGGUCAACUGGUUUACCACAAGUGGUCAUGCACAACUCCAGAAGGUAAUCCAGGAGUUUAUUGCGCAACAAUACAUUCGUGUACCGUCGAAGAAGAUGGUGGACGAGAGGUACAGUUGUUGGACGAAAAUGGUUGUACAGUUGAUAGAUAUUUGUUGGAUAAUCUUGAAUAUACUUCCGAUUUGACUGGUGGGCAAAUUUCACAGUUUCACUGGUUGAAUAAUGCUUCUGUAAAAAUAUUCAACAGUAUAGAUGAUAUAUGUAGGCAAAUAUGUGCAAUUGUCAAACAAAAUAAUAUUUAA